AUGGCGGCCGCGUCGCUAUUCCGGGGCGCGGCUCUAGGGUGUAGCAGCCCUGCCUGGCGUUGGCGGCUGCGCGCGGUCUCAAGGCACCGCCUGGCCCGCGGCUCGGGCGGUCACGGAAGCGACCCCACUAGCGGCGCGGCCUGGGCCUGCUUCCCGUUGGGCGAGCGCGCCCUGGUGCGCGUGCGCGGGCCGGACUCGGCUCCCUUUCUCCUCGGGCUGCUGACCAAUGACCUUCCGCUUCCGGGUCCUGCGGACGCUGAGGUCGUGCCCCGGGCGCGUGCGGGCUACGCUCACUUCCUCAAUGUCCAGGGACGCACACUGUAUGACGUCAUUCUCUAUGGGCUCCGGGAGCAGGCUGACCAAGCGCCUACCUUCCUCCUGGAGUGUGACAGUUCGGUGCUGGGCGCACUGCAGGAGCACCUGGUGCUGCACAAGAUUCGGCGGAAGGUCGUGGUGGAACCGCAUCCCGAGUGGCACGUUUGGGCCGUGCUGCCCUGCAUCCCCGAGGAGGAGGCCCGUGGGGCCUUGCCACUGCCCGAGCCCCAGGGCGCCGCCAUCCUCACCCGUGACCCCCGCACUCCCCGCAUGGGCUGGCGGCUCCUAGCCCAGGACGAGGGCCCUGCCUUGGUGCCCAGGGGCCGGCUUGGGGAUGUCUGGGAUUAUCACCGGCACCGGUAUCAGCAAGGCGUUCCUGAGGGGGUCCAUGACCUGCCCCCAGGAGUAGCCCUGCCCUUGGAGUCCAACCUGGCCUUCAUGAAUGGCGUCAGCUUCACCAAAGGCUGCUAUGUGGGCCAGGAGCUGACAGCCCGCACCCACCACACGGGCGUUCUCCGCAAGCGCCUCUUCCCGGUGCAGCUCUCGGGCCCUCUCCCUGCGGGCGGCAUUGCCCCCGGCACCGCGGUGCUCACCGAGUCGGGACAGGCCGCCGGCAAGUACAGGGCAGGCCAGGGGGAGGUAGGGCUCGCCCUGCUGCACUCGGACAGAGUCAAGGGCCCUCUCCACAUCAGAACCGCAGGGAGUGGCCGGGUGGCCGUGACUGCCUCUGUGCCGGACUGGUGGCCCACAGCCCCCAAGUAGCCCAGCGGUCCCCGAGCUCCCGCGGAGCGCCUCUGUCCCCCCGCACACCUGCAGGCGGCCCGCGAAAGGCACGCCACCUCGGGAGGCCUCUGAGCACGAGCGCGGGGCUCCUGGGCUGUGGGCGAGACAGGUGUGUUACGGCGCCAGGCCACUCCCGCCCGCCAUGCUUCCCGGAGGCCCCGGCCUCCCCAGUGGCUCUGGGCUGCCGGGCGGCCGGAGCAAGCCCUGCGCCUGCCUCUGCUGAGUCGAACCCCGUCUUCCACGAGGCCCAGACGGGUUCCGUCAGACCAUGUCUGUCUGGAGGCUCUUUGCCCGUCAGCCAGGGAAGGAAUGAGGAUUGGCGCCUGUGGGCCCUCCCCUGCCAUCCCGCCGCUCAGUCUGCUCCAGGGCGGGCCUGGCACCGAGGCAUUGCAGCCAGGGUGUGGCGAGGGGCCGGCAGCUCUUGGGAGUCGUCUUCCGCGUGGCCUCAGGGCGCAUGUCAGGGCAGGAACUGUGUGGCGGGCGCCAUGCUGGUGUCCGCCAGUGGAGUGGGUGCUGCUCAUAAGCACCACAGAAGGUUCUCCAAGUGCACCUCUGCGCCAAGUGGCCUGGGCAGGCACUCCUCCCAGAGCCCAUGUGCGGAGGGGAGCUUCUGUUUGGUGGGUUGCCGCCAUUUUUGGAUGUGGCCACGCCUUUGUGAUAAGAGGGCCCUUGUUUCCCCCUUUAAACCACUGAUGUCCAUCCUCCCAGUGCAGUGUGAACGUGGCUACAGGUGACCGACUCAUGCCCCAGAGUGAAAAUUAAAU